AGCAGCGAGCAGAUGGCAGGGCGGGCCAAGCCGACAAUCCCCUAAUCCCAUCAGCGCCGCGGGGGCUGAGCAGAGCCGAGCCGGGCCAUGGCGGGCACACGGGCACACGGCUACCUCCUGCACCCGCUGCUCUCCCAGCUGUGCUGCGGUUGUCAUGGGCUCCGCAUGUCGACGAACACGCGGAUCCUCUACACGCUCCUGCAUGUCCUGGCCUCUGCCGUGUGCUGCCUCAUGCUGUCCCGCACUGUGGCCCAAGCCAUCACAGAGAAGGUGCCCUUCUCGGUGGUGCUGUGCCAACACCUGCCUGGGGGCACAGACUGUGAGCGGCUGGUGGGCUCCUUGGCCGUGUACCGGGUCUGCUUCGGCACCUCCUGCUUCCACCUGGCACAGGCUGCCCUGCUGCUCAACGUGCGCUCGAGCUCUGACUGCCGUGCGCAGCUCCACAAUGGGUUCUGGUUCCUGAAGCUGCUGGCACUGGUGGGCCUCUGGGCUGCCAGCUUCUUCAUCCCUGAGGACAACUUCAUCCAAGCCUGGCACUACACGGGUGUCUGUGGGGGCUUCGCCUUCAUCCUCAUCCAGCUGGUGCUGAUCACGGCCUUUGCACACACCUGGAACAAGAACUGGCUGACAGGCGCCGCGCAGGACAAACGCUGGUACCUGGCCGUGCUGCUGGCCACGGCUGCCUUCUACACCCUUGCCUCCGCCGCCUUCUCCUUCCUCUACAAGUUCUACACCCACCCGGCUGCCUGUCACCUCAACAAGGCACUGCUCACCAUCAAUGGCAGCCUCUGUGGCAUCAUGUCCUUCAUCUCCAUCACACCCUGUGUGCGACUCAAGCAGCCACGGUCAGGGCUGUUGCAGUCCUCGAUCAUCAGCUGCUACGUAAUGUACCUCACCUUCUCUGCGCUGUCCAGCCGUCCCCCGGAGAGAGUGCUCUACAAGGGUCAGAACCUCACCGUCUGCUUCCCGGGCGUCCGGCAGGAUGAGCUACAGACAGAGGACACCACUGUGGCCAUGCUGGGCGCUGCCAUCAUGUACGCCUGCGUGCUCUUUGCAUGCAAUGAAGCCUCCUACCUUGCCGAGGUUUUUGGGCCCCUCUGGAUGGUCAAAGUCUACAGCUUUGAGUUUGAAAAACCCUCCUGUUGCUUCUGCUGCCCCGAGAAGAUGGAGGAGGAACUGAGAGGUGGGUGCACAGUGGUGCAGGAAAGCAGGCAGAACCUGUGUCCCAGCCUGGGGGUGAGUGAGGGGAGCAUGCAGGAGCUGCCAUGCCCCCACGCUCUCCCAGGAACCGAACAGACAUGUGAGCAAGUGGAGGAGAGAGCCAGGGGACAGUUCAUUGUCCAGGAUGAGCAAGACCGGGUGGUCUACAGCUACUCAGCCUUCCACUUCGUCUUCUUCCUUGCCUCGCUCUACGUCAUGAUGACCCUCACCAACUGGUUCAGCUAUGAAAAUGCAGUGCUGGAGACCACCUUCACACAUGGCAGCUGGUCGACCUUCUGGGUGAAGGUGUCCUCGUGCUGGGCCUGUGUCCUGCUCUACCUGUGGCUGCUGCUGAGCCCCUUCUGCCUCCACAGCUCGCCAGAGCACCAGCGCAGCAGCACGGGGCCACGUGUCGUGCGGCGACGACGUGCCCCACAGCGCAUCAAUGUCACCACAUAGUCCCUGCCAGGAUGAACUGUACCUGGGGCUGGUCCCUGCUGUGUGCCCUGUGCCUGGCCCUGCCUGGUCCUCCUGGCCUCCCCUGAUCCCCCAUCCUAGGAGAUGGAGCAUCUGAGAGUCUGAGGGGGUCCUGGAAGGUGAAUGCUUCCAGGGACACCAGCCCUGUGCUGAGCCAGGACCACCCAAGGGGCUGGAGCAAGCCACAAGCAGGUGCUCAGCCCCCAGUCUGGAUGCCCUGGCACCCACAGGGUGCACUGGGGGAGCAGGGCUCUGCCUGGCCACCCCUGCUGUGAUGUGUUCACUGUAAAUACCU